CAUCGUCUCCUCACCGCCGUCCCCAGCGUGCGUACUUAGAGCUUCAACAGCUCGCGUGGUGUGUAAACGGUGGUCAGGUUGCGGACAUUCAACACGGUUCGCAGCGUCCAAGCACCAUGGGUGUGCAUCAUCACCAGCAUCUCCAAACGAUCGACUCCAAGGACACAGCAAGCAAGGCAAUCACGCGUGCGUAUUCACAGACAUACCAGACGUACCAGUAUCAUUUGCUUCUUGUCGCGUUUGUGGCUUCUUUGUAUGGGCUGUACUACCAGAUCUCGAAUGUUUAUCGCGAGUAUGCUACCCGGCACAGUAAACACCACCAUCAACCCGACAUGUGCUUCUCCUCUUCUAUCCCCUCUACCGCCUCCUCCAGCGUUCUAGCAUCGUCCGGAACGAACUACAACAAAUCCAUAUUCCUCCCGUACGUCCACAAGUUCGGAACGAGGGGCGUCCCUUUGGUCUGGGUCACGAUCCACAGUGGGAAAGAGGAUGUUCGUAUCGAUAUGCCCGUUGACACGGGCUCGACUGGUCUCUUGAUCGGCGCGCCGUUGCUCCCGGGUGUUGAUCCGAGAGCCGGAACGCCUGGGCGCCAGUACCUCUCGAGCAGCAACAUCGUGUACGUGGGGCGGUAUCUGGACCUGAACCUGACGUUCCACGGGACUGGAAACAUUUCGGCCGGGGCAAGGGUGCCCAUUCUCAUCGUGGAUAAGAGUUGGGUGUGCCCGUGGUACGACUCGCUAAAACAUGGGUUUGAAUGUCCGCUUGGUCCCGAGGGGCAGGAACCAGUCGAGAGAGAUGUAAGCGGGAUAACGUACAUGGGCGUUGGUUUUGGCAGGAACAAGAACGCUGAGGGCCAGCGCACCGCGACGUCAUGGGGUAAUCCAUUCUUGAAUAUCAAUUCGAUCAAUGGAACGCGGUUUGAGCCUGAGGAUAUGAAGGCGGGCUAUAUCGUGUCCACGAAAGGAAUCCAGCUCGGAUUGACCCGGGAGAAUACGCGCGGAUAUGACUUCAUGAAAUUAGAGCGUGGUAUAGCGCAUGCGGUUGACGCACGCGACUGGGCGAUGCCUCGUAUGCAGUUCCGUGUGAAUGGGCGAAAGAGCAUCCCCGGUUCUGCUCUUAUUGACACCGGUAGAUGUUCCCGCAUGUGCACUGCUGCCGUCUUCUGACUGGAAACAGGUAUCUCACAGAUGUACAUCCGCGCCGAGGAUGGUAAGCCGCUCCCUGAGGUGAUCAUCCGAAAUCCGAAAGAAGGGGGUACGCCAACGGUGCACCGCGUGAAGAACGGCGCCAGAAUCGCCAUUGACUUUGGCGCAUGCGCGAGUGAGGAGCUGAGCGAGGUGGCCGCGUCGUACUCGUUUGAAGUUGGGCAGAACGCGACCAUGGCGCCUUCCUACGUCGUUCCGGGGAGGCAGGAGCCCCCGCCGUAUGUGAACACCGGGCGCAACUUCCUCAAAGGCUACUCGAUCGCCUUUGAUGCAAUCGACGGACGCCUGGGGUUCCGUCCCGUGCAGACAUUCCAAUCCAUGAUUUAAAUGCUGAG